AUGAUUACAAAAAGCAUUUACAUUAAAUCUUUUCCUUUCAAGGUGACCAUCCUUUUCCAAAAUAUCAUUUCAUGGAAACAUCUACUCACCCAAAAUGACCUACAAAACUGGGUCAUUUCACAGCGAAGACCCCAACCAAUAUACAAACAGCAUUAUAGAUGGAAUCAUAUCACCAACAGCAUUUCUACUGUGGCACACAGUAGAACUCUAAGAGAUGAUAACAAUAUUGUUAUCACAAAGCCAGAUAAGGGACGUGGAGUUGUUAUCCUAAACAGAGAUGACUAUUUUAGUAAAAUAAACACGAUACUUAGUGAUUCCUCCAAAUUUAAACCAUUCAGACUCUUACGCUCGAUAAGAACAUCUAUCGGCGAAAUGACUUAUAACCUCCUGACUAUAUCUGGCUCAAAACCUGGUCGCUUAUAUGGCCUUCCUAAAAUUCAUAAAAUUGGUCAGCCUCUACGCCCCAUCAUUUCUGCCAUUGGUACUUUCAAUUACAAUGUUGCAAAAUUAUUAGUUCAAAUAAUAACCCCUCUAACCACCAAUGAAUAUACCAUAGAAAACUCCUUCUCUUUCAUCAAAGAAAUUAGUGACCUUAAACCACUACUACCUGUCACAAUGGCCAGUUUUGACAUAGAGUCGUUAUUCACUAAUGUUCCCCUCAAUGAAACCACUGACAUAAUUUUAAACAAAACUGCCUCCUCACUCUUAAACUCGUAUGGCCUGAACAAGACGAAAUACAGGAAAUUAUUGGAUAUAGCCGCUACUUACACACAGGUAGACGGUGUAGCAAUAGGAUCACCACUUGGCCCUUGUUAUGCCAAUACUUUCCUUUGA